AUGGUGGACAUAAUGGAAAGGAUGGAGCACAACCGCACGGAAAACCACGCAGAGACUCUGCGUGUUUUGAAGGCACUCCGAAAUGACGAGCGGUCGGAGCUAACGGCGUGGGACGAGAUCGACUAUGACAAAGACCUGGACUUCGAGGGCAGCACCCGAUUCGGGUCGGGGGGGGUUGGCGAAGUGCGCACAGUAAAAUGGAACGGGUCGGACGUAGCAGUGAAGCGUCUCCUGGCGGACGGCCUUGAUCGCGAUGAUGUUCGGGCCCUCAGGAAGGAGGUUCGCAUUCAUGCCAAUCUGCGCUUCGACCAUGUGGUCCAGCUAUACGCGGCUUCUACGAUACCCCCCCACCUUUGCCUGGUCGUUGAGCUCGCUAGUGGGGGCUCGCUGCGGCAGUACUUGCGCUCAACGAACGAGCCACUCGCACACGCGCUGCAGACGGCAUUCCUGUUCGACAUUGCCAGGGGCAUGUGGUUUUUGAACAAGAAGGGCACUUUGCAUCGCGACCUGAAAUCUGCGAACGUGCUCAUAUUUGCCAAUGGUCGCCUGAAGCUUUGCGACUUUGGGCUCUCCAAAAUCAUGGCGGAAUCCUCAAGUAGAUCGAUUCAAGGGGCUGUGGGGGCCGAGCAAUGAAUGUCUCCAGAGGAGAUGAAGGAGAGCCCAGCAAAUGAACGAACGGACGUAUACAGGUUUGGGGUCGUCUGCUUCGAAGUGACCACCCGAAUGCAGCCCUUCAAGGGAAUGAAUCGUACGCAAGUCGUCAACGCGGUCGCGUGGCAAGGACAGCGGCCUCAGAUUCCACAGUGGGCGUCCGCGUCGCCAGAUGUGGUGCCUCUGAUGGAGCAGUGCUGGAAGCAAGACCCCGGGCAUCGCCCCGAGGGAUUUGGGCCCGUGGUACAGACGCUGACAAGCGUGGUGUCGCGUGAUGGAGACCCUCGCAAUCGCAGCGCAGUUGAUGUGGAUUACACCUCGUCAUCAGGUGUCAAGUGUAGUGGUGGCUCGCCGGACAUUGACGCAAGAACGACCCCGGCUACGGGAAGCGAUGGGGCUGACGCAUCACCGCGAGUUGCGGAAAGGGAGAGCUGCGCGACCGCGCUGCCUCCAGAAGCUGAAAGCGUGCAUGCACCGAUUGCGGAUCUGCCGAUAGUACGCCAGGCCCUCGCACCGUCUAGCGGAAGUAGCGGCGAAUGUA